GUAAACUGGACUCUGGAGUUCUGAUCCUGUUACUGGGUGACAGAACCGGUAAACAUUACAGUACCAGGACCGAGUCCAGCACUGGAUACACACUCACUUCCUGUCUGACUGGUUUGUACUGGUCUGUUGCUACUGGAGACCAGUAACAGAUCACCGUCCCGUAAAAAUCUGCAGGAUCUCCAGAUGAUCUCCACCAGAACCUGGAUACUUUUCUCUAAUUUAAUAACUGAAUAAAUAACGACCCCACAGCAUGAAUACACCAAUCACAGCACGGCGCUGCAUUAGACCCGCCCCUCCCCGUAAACCAGUACUGCAGCACAGGGUGAACUGGGAGCGGGUUUACUGGGAGAGUCUGGGCCGCAGUCAGAGAGACCAGAGCCGACUGGGAUACAGGACUGAGCAGGCUCUGCGCGGGGAGAUCAGAGAGGGUGAGGGCGGUGGGCGGAGUCAUGUGAUCCCGGCGGGAACUUCACGAGGAAGUAAGAAUUCAUCCCAAACAUUCCUGAAGACGAAUACGGACUCUGACAGCUUCCAGAAACUUCUCUUCCAGUCCAGGAAGGUGGUGCUGUUGGUGAAGCAGGGCUGCAGUUAUUUUCAGCUCCUGCAGGAUCAGGAGUUUGAGGAGGAGGAGAAGAGAGAGAGGAGGAGGAGGGAGGAGAGGAGAACCAUUCAGCCUCCAUCCGGAUCAGCCCUCUCCAACAGGAGGGGUGCUGGGGUUAAUGCGGUGGGCGGGUCCAGUUGGAGGCGGGUUCAGUCCAGCCGACCGUUCACUCCCAUCCACCGGUCACUGACCUCACACCAGCCACUGGACCUGCCACAGGAGUGUCUGUAUGGUCAGUUGUGCUGUCUGUACUGGCUGCUGGACGCUCUGACGCUGGAACAUCCUGGAAGGAUUGGGCCUGUGACUUCCUGCUGGGACAGGAAGGAUCCCGGGGGGAGUAGAAACGCUCUGAAGGUUCUGAAUAAAGAGAAAGUAAUACAGGCCAAGUGGGAGCAGUUUAUCUCCUCACCAAAGUCUCUGCGUCCGGUACUGAGAGUGUCCCGUAUCGGUUCUGCUCGACCCAAGUCCUCCUCUGUGAGUGUUGGGCCGUCCAUGGCUGUGACAUCAUCACUGAGCAGCAGCCUAUCAUCUUCCACGCUGGACAUCAAAGACUCUGGUGAUGUCACUGUGUCUGCCGAGCAGGGCGGACCUCAGAGCAGGGCGGGGCCAGAGACGGACCCGCCUCUUUCUGAAUAUCUGCAGAAGCUGCUGGAGGAAGUUCAGAGAGCUGUAUCUACAGAACCGUUUGGAUCAGAGACGGAGAACCGCCCCGAAACUGACCGUGGUGAGGUUGUGGGAGGUAGGAGGUCAGAGAGGUCGGUCAGUGGAAAGCUGGAGACUCAGAGAUCUGAGAGUUCCCGCCCCUCGCUGAGCUGCAGGACGGCGGAGGUGUUGGAGGAGAUCAGGAUGGCGUUUGAUGUUCGGGUUCAGGAGCUGGAUCUGAGUCUCACUGAUGCUCUGGAACACAGCGCCAAGAGGAGGUGGAGCUCUGCAGUUCAGAGAUAUCGGUUCCUCUCUGAUGUUUCAUCCUACAGAUCCUUUACCUCCUCAGCCCAGUCUAGAACCUUCAAACCACGGGUUCCUCAGAGCACCGGAACCAACGGUACCACCGGAACCACGGAUACGGACCCGAACCGACCCUACAGCACUCAGUGGCUGUUGGAGCUGCUCAGGGCACUUCCUCCUCACACACACUCAGACAGGAAGUUGUCGUUGGUGCUGGAAAAGCUGAGGCGUUUUACGGCAGAACCGACGCUGAGGAUCCGCCCCUACGUUUUCCUCAGGGUCCUAAACUCCCUCCAGCCCUGGGAGCUCUGCUGCCCCCACCUGACUGUAGCUGUAGAGAUGGUGAGGCGGUAUGCGGUGGGGAUGUCUGAGGAGGAGUAUGAUGAUUGGCUGUGUGGACGAGUUCAUCUGCCCUGAAUUUACACUGUUCACUAUUACACUAUACUUUAGAUUAUAUAUUAUAUUAUAUACUUAGAUUAUAUAUUUAUAGACUCUUUAUUAUACAAAAUCAGAACCCAGUUUUAUUUAUUAAGAUAUUUAUUAGUGAUUCUGACAGUGUAAAUAAUGUGUAUUCUAAACUACAUUUUGCCACUGAUAUGCAAAAACCUUGUAUCUCCAUUUUUAUUGUAUUCAUUGUUUUUUCUCCAUAUCCUGAAUCUAUCAGUUGUUGUUUAUCUUGUAUCAGAGUUUGAUGAUGAAUGGACCAAUAGAAAUCCUGCAAAAUUACUUUGAAUAAAAUCUUAGAGAUUUAAAUUUAACUGAAGUUUUUUGAGUGAUUAUAUAAAUAUAAAUAUAUAACUAAAGCUCUGAGUUUAUAGAGUAACAUCUGUUCUCUCCAUCAGACCAGUGUCUCUAUUACCACCCAACCACGUGCCCUCUCAUUAUCCUCUGUUACCACCUUGUUAUUAUGGUCUGUUAUUAUGGUCUGUUAUUAUGGUCUGUUAUUAUGGUCUGUCAGCUGUAUUUUGAAGCUGAGGUUGGUCUGGGCAUGUUUACUGUCUGUACUUUAAAAAACUGAAGCUACGAUGCUAAUGUUGCUAAGCGGUAAUGGGUGUGUG